CCACUUCUCCACUAACCCUCCCUUCCCUCUCCUCCCUCUUAGGCUGAGCUGGGGCACAUAUUCAGCUCACUGUGCUUUGCAAGGGGCGACAUUGGGUGACAUAGCUGUGUAUCCACCUCAAGAGAAAUAGAAGGAAGAGGGGCGACACUUAUCAUAAAACAGCUUUGGAGACAUAGAAGGAGAAAGGGUGAGAGAAGGAGGAAUGUCGCAGAGAGCGGAAGCAUCCUGCACUGAUUCAACUGUGUUACAGCAUCAGCACCAGAGCAGGGGCGAUGAGGCCUGAACUGUGUGUGUGUUCCCAUCCACCUGAGGGGAGAGAGAGACAAAUGCAGAACAGAGGGGAUACAGGCCCUCUAACACCGGCAUGGUGAAGUAACGCAGGGGAGCAGCUGUUCUAUCGGAGGCCUUGUGAGGAAUAGCCAUCCCUAUCAGUGACAUGAUUGCAUUUACCCUUGAGGGAAAAGAAAACCAGACAAGAAGAAAUUAGUAUGGUCAGCCAAAUAAAUAUAAAGGGCUCAACUGCUAUUAUUGCCAGGUUGUAAUCCACAAAUAAUCCAAGAUCUACUUUCCUGCCAAACAAAGACUUUCUUCACAUAUACAAUCCACCAAAGAGGCAGAGACUGUGAGAUUUUAUAAAAACUUUAAAUCCCUCUUAAAGAGGGCUGGGACGAGUCGGCUGCAGCUGUGAACAGGGAGGGGGUACAGGGGCAUAGGGGGUGCAGACGUUAAGAUGCAGAUCUCCCCCCAGUGGAGAGUCGCUGCAGAGGAGGCUGGAGGCCUCUCUCUGAAUCAUGUGCUCUCGGGGGGUGGGGAGGACAACGGAGCAGGGGAUACGCAUUGGCAGAGCUGGAGAGAGGGAGAGAAUCCGAGGGAGAGUCCGUGCUGUCAUUGGUCAGUUAGAAGGAAUCUUACGGGAUCUCAAGGAAGUUGCCAAAGAGCUGAAAGAGGUUGUGGAGCAGAUAGACAGACUUACCUCGGACUUUGAAUUUGAGCUGGACACUGAUGAUUGGACCCCAGGAACUGUAAGCAGUACAUCUAGCAGUGAAAAGGGUGGUCCUCUCUGUGACCUGGGACCUCUGGACUUUCUCAGCUCAGACAGCUGGGAAUUCUGCUCCUUCCUGGAAGCUUCAACACCCUCAGAUUCUGGGGAUGGAUCAGAUCGUCCCCCUGACUUCAGACUGCUCAAUGGAGGAGUCACCCCUAAUGGGCCAGAUUCUUCUAGUGAGGAGAUUCCUAUUGCACAACAGAAACCCCCACCAUCAAAAAAUUCAGGCUCCAGGGACAGAGUGAGGUUCAGUGACAAAGUUUUGUACCAUGCACUCUGUUGUGAUGACAGUGAAGAUCCUCCUUAUGGUCAGGAGACUCCACGGGAUCCCCCUAGGGCAACUGCUCCUUGUGCUGUGAUGAAAAGCAAGCCUGGAGGGCUUACUGGAGUCAGGAAGGGAACUAGAAACUGCAGUACCCAGACUGUGUGUGACAAGAGCACUCAAACUGUUCUUCCUUAUGUGCCAAAAAAAGGGAAAGAUAAACUCUAGCAGAAGUUAAGUUGGGACUGAACGAAGCAUAAGGUGGAGAGAGAACAGGUGAAAAAAAUUAUGAAAUUGAGAAAUUAAGGGAGAUAAAUGUAAGGCGUGGGAAUCAAAAUGGAAAAAAAGAGUAACAGAUAAUUCAAAAAUUAGGUUUUUGAAUUGUGGGUGUGAAUGAUUCUAGAGGAGAGGAUGAAGUGAUAGAAAGAUAUGAAAUGAGCUUUAGUUAGGCACUAGACAUGACUACUUUACGGGCAAUACAUGGUGCACUUUUUAACCUUUCUAGUGAACUGCUGAGGGGAUGGAAGAGUGGGACCAAUAUAACCCCACUGUGAACUAACAUCCCAGCACCCUGCUGUGACCUCAUAACCCCUGCUGAGACCUCACAUGUUUUUGUCCCCAUGCCAGCAAAAUACUCACUGCACAUCUAUAUUAGUAAAAGAAAAAAAAUUAAAAUGUAAAUAUUGUUCAUAAAUAUUUAUCUAUCUAUAUACAGGAUGGUCGAGUAUCUUUACCUUUACUGUUGGAAAAUUAAUGGCCUCUGGUAACAAGCCCUUGCAGAUCCUGGGUUCUCCGUUAAUAUAAAUAUAUAUAGGGUGCCUUUAGCGUAAUAUAUUCUAAAUAAACAAGUGAAUAUUAUGGGGCAAAAAUAAAAUAAGGCUGCUGUUUGUAUGCGGUGUUCUCUGAUUAGAAACUGUAUUUAAGGUGCUUUGACAAUGGAAUGUCAUUUGUCAAUUCAUUAUUAUAGGGUAUGAUUAGAACGGGUUUGUAUUGAUGUUAAAGUCUACAAAAUGGGAAACACUAAGGUAGAUAAACAUCACUGGCUAAACUAAAAACACUACUUUAUUAUAGGGCAAGAUCUCACAUAGACAGUAAAUGAAUCAGAAAAAGCCAGAUCCACAGACAUAAAACAACCAGCCUAUUAGAUACAAGUUAGACAAUAACCUUUAGAAAAUGGUUAAUUAAAAGGAUUUGUAUCAUUGUCCGCCUCUAUAUCAAGAGCUACAGUAUGAGUUAAUAGAGCCAGGUAACGAGCAACAAAUUUGAGUGAUAAGACCAUCAGCCUGAUAAUGACAACCCAUUAAAAGUCCACUGACAUCUAUAUUAAAAAAUAUAAUAUGAAUUGACAAAACAUUUGUAUUCUGUGCAAGUAAAAAAAAAUACUGCUGCAGCAUUUUGGUUUUAUUGCAGAGUGCUUGCUAUCAAUUCUAAUGUGUUCUCCCAUAGCCUAAAAACAAAGCCCUGCAGAGGCUACAGUUUUAUAAAGGAUCUCUGCCCAAUAACAUGUAUUUCUAAACAGCUUUCCAAUAAACAGUGGUUUUAAA